UUUGUAUUUGCUGAGAACAUCGACACUCUAUUUCUUGAUACGACGUACUGCGAUCCACAAUACACCUUUCCUGAUCGAGUGAGUGUCAGUAACGAAGCUGUGAAGAUUAUUAAAAAAACAAAGGAAAAAACGUUGUAUGUGGUUGGGACGUAUCUCAUUGGGAAAGAAAUAUUUGUUGAAGAAAUAGCACGACAGACGGGGAAGAAGAUUUGUGUGAAUGAACAAAAGAUGGUGACAAUUCAAUUGAGUCAAAGAGACUUGAGUUUGUAUACGUUGGAGAAAACUGAUUUGGAGAUGAGAAACAGUGGAAUUGAAGUGAGCUUGAGUGGGCUGAAUGUCGAGUUAGAUCAAAUCAAAGACAAGUUUCAACGCAUCGUGUUAUUCACACCAACGGGAUGGGCGAAGAAGUUGGUAUCUAAAGGCAGUUUUGAUGUGAAAGAGUAUCAGCUGCCUUACUCGGAACACUCCAAUUUCAACGAACUUGUGGACUGUGUAAAAUGCGUGAAAGCUACACACAUAGUGCCUACUGUUGUUAACCCUGACCAAGACCCUAAACAGCUUAUUGAUUUAAUUAUCACAAACACUAAACCAAAAGUGGGGACAUUGGAAUACGCAUUUCAAAGAGCCCGAAGACGGUCUUCUGAACAACUUUAA